ACCAGGCUCUAUAUGCUAAGGUCACAGAGAUCAUGUGGAAACACCCUCAAACAUUCAAGGACAUUGUCCCAAGAAUGGGUAUGUUUCACACGCUACUCACCCUGUUGUCAAUCAUCGGGAAGCGAUUUGAAGACGCGGGUCUGAGGGACAUCUGCAUAGAGUCAGGAGUGAUAGCAGAAGGGUCAGUCACGGGAGUGCUUGAAGGGCGCAAAUACAACAGGGCAAUCCGGUUCCACAAACUGAUGUACGAAGCACUCCAACGACUUGUUUGGAAGCACUUUUUGAAGUGGAUAGAGAAAUCACCUGCGAAACAGAAAUUGGUGAAGGAUGUCUUCGCGAGCUUGAAACCUCUCUACAAUGAUGUCUGCCAGGAUGAACAGGAGAAGGUUUUGGCAAACCAGAAGUUCGCCAAGUUUGUCAAACUCUACGAUGAACACCUCGAGUUUCUUCGCCACAGUAAAGGGAAGUUAGCAAGCUUCUGGAUGUCGUACAUUGAGAUUGUGGAGAUCAUGCUUAACUUGGUGAGGGCUUCAAGAGAAGGAGACUGGGAGUUACAUCUAUCUGCAAUAGCACAGAUGAUACCUUGGUGCUUUGCCUACGACAAGGUUAACUAUGCGCGGUACCUGCCUGCCUACCUAUUUGACAUGUCUCACCUUAACGAAACCCAUCCUGAAGCCUUCAACUAUCUGAAUUCUGGUGGGUUCUCAGUGCAGAUCGGUGACCACAAUCCAUUUGGCCGUAUACCGGUAGAUCAGACAUGCGAAGAAACAGUUAACAAGGACACACAAACGUCAGGAGGUACUAAAGGGUUCAGUCUCAAGCCUGGGGCGAUCUGCAAGUACUAUCUUGUCGCUGAAUACCGAAGCCUGUUUCUGAAGCAGUUGAGGGAUAUGCUAGAUGAACAUAAGGCUCAUUCUGAGCAUACUGACCUCCAGAGUAGCAGAAUUGCAAGAGACGAAGCUGAUGUGAUCGCACUUGUUCUUAUGCUGGAACGUUUCUGGAUAAAUCCAUUCAACAGCGAACAUCAAGACUUGGUAUGUCUGUCAACCGGGAGGUUUGCUACCCCAAAGAUAGAAAAGGACCUACUUAAUGCGAAAGUCGUUGGUGAAGAGGCAUACAAAUCGUUCCGCAUGCAGCGCCUCGAAAUCAACAAAGACACACAACAGGCCCAGUUCCACGACACACUGAAGAAAGCCAAGCUCCAUACAUUCUCUGAGCUGAACAAGAAGGUCAAGUUCAAAGCUAAAACGACCAAGGAGAUCAUUCUUAAAGCUGACAUGGCUCUGUUCGGUCAGAUGAUCAUCAUAGCGGAAAGUAGAAAGCUCCAACUGAGAGAUGUGCUUCGCCAUCCUCUGGGUCCUCUUCCGUGGUCGUUGGCUACUGCAGAUGGAUCAUUACGAAAAACUACGAAGUCUACACUAGCAAAGGAAGUACAGAAGAAUGUACCGGCUGCGGAUAAUAUUCCCCACCCAUCUGCAUGCAUCAUUGAUGGCAUGGCUCUUGUACAAAGGCUAAAAGCUGAUCAAAAGACGUUUUCAGAAGUCGCUGAUUCCCUACUCGACAUGAUUUUGCACGAAGGAUCACACUCAAGCAGAAUAGAUGUUGUGUUCGAUGUGUAUCGACAGGAGUCCAUCAAGUCUGCAGAACGAGAACGUAGAGGAUCUGAGUGUGGGAGUGAAUUCAGAAAUAUUCAGCCCGAACACAAAGUACUACAGUGGAGAAAAUUUGUACUGAACCCGAAGAAUAAAACGUCACUUACAAGAUUUGUCACCGAGGAAUGGAAGAAAGACAAAUACAGAAGAAAGCUACACAGCAAGGUGCUUUACAUAGCCUGUGAGGAAGAGUGUCACAAGAUUUCUGCAAAGAGUGCCAUCCCCGUUCGAGACUUGAACUCAAAUCAGGAGGAAGCUGACACCAGAAUCAUACUCCAUGUCGCACAUGCGGCCAGGUCAGGCUACAACACAGUGAUUGUGUCAUCAGAAGAUACAGACGUCUUCCUACUCUGUUUGGCUUUUAAGCAGUCCAUUCCAGCGUCGAUAUUUGUCAAGUGUGGGACGCACUCAAGAAUAAAAUAUGUUAGUAUCACGAAUGCGGCACAGGUCUGGGGCCAGGACAUUUGCAGCAGUCUACUCGGAAUGCACGCGUUUACCGGAUGCGAUAGUGUGAGUGCGUUUGCUGGCCGGGGGAAGCUGGGGGCACUUCGGCUCGUCAAGGAAAACAGGGACUUCCAGGAGAUGUUCAAACUUGUUGGAAUGGAUUGGGAGCUCUCAAAUGAGCUUUUCAAGAAACUAGAGGAGUUUACUUGCCAUAUGUACUCUUCCCGACCAGGCACAAGCGACGUCAAUGAGCUCAGAUAUAGGUUGUUCUGUGCAAAGAGAGGCAGCAUUGAUUCUGUCCAACUCCCACCGUGUGCUGAUUGUUUGUAUAACCACGCUAAGAGGGCAAACUACGUUGCAGCAAUCUGGAAGAAAAGUCUGGAGAGCCACCCUGUAAUUCCAAGCCCGAUCGGUUUGGGCUGGUGUAAGGACGGAGAUCAGCUGGUAAUUGAUUGGAUGGAUGGCGAGCCGGCCCCAACUGCUGUACUAGAGCUGUUGUCGUGCUCAUGUUCAAAAGCAUGCAAGAUUACUAAGUGCAGCUGCUUGAAGAAUGGCUUGAAGUGUACAGACAUGUGCAAAUGUAUGGACUGCGACAACAGACCGGACGAGGAGGACAACCAAGAUGACACUGAGGAUAGCGAUGGUGAUCAUGAUGAAGACGAAUAUGCUGCAUAAUGAGCGUUAGAUGGAGAACUUUCACCUAGGACUCAGCUCUCCAGACAUCUCCAUGCUUCUGCGCUCUCUACCCGCCAACAGCACGGCAGGGAUCCAGAACUCUACUCACUCAACAACAAUCCUAUAUGUAUAUAUAUCCGCUUUGAAACUAAGACUCUUAUCAAAUAGUAUUGCUAAGCUGUAAGAUUGUUAUAUAUACCAUAGAAUAAGCAUUUGAUAUGUACCUUACAUUGAUUUCAAAUUGAAUGAAUAGCCCUCUUGCCGAUUCGUUGUAAUUGGCCCCGUUGUUGUAAAUAUAUUGCUAAUAUGAUGUCAUCCCAUAAUUUUGAUAUUAUUUAUACCACGGGAUAGUGCCAGCGUGGAACUGUGGGCGUGGCGGACUGAAGAUGGUUCAAUUUCCGCAUGAAAUGUUUUUUUUUUCAUUAGGAGCUGCCUUUUCAAAACGCCUAUCUAAAUUAUGAUCAAAAUCAACUGAAAAUUAUAACAAUCCUAUAUGUAUAUAUAUCCGCUUUGAAACUAAGAUUCUAAUCAAAUAGUAUUGCUAAGCUGUAAGAUAUACCAUAGAAUCAGCAUUUGAUAUGUCCCUUACAUUGAUUCCAAAUUGAAUGAAUAUCCCUCUUGCCGACUCGUUGUUGUAAUUGGCCCCGUUGAAUAUAUUGUAAAUAUGUCGGAAGGCAUGUAAGUCUUGUUGUUUUGAAUUAAUUAGUUUACUGACUCAAUACAGGAAGAAGAUGACCUGGAUUAUGCUCCAUAUUAUUUCCAUUUAGCUAAGUCAGGCAUACAAAACUAUAUAUUUUUAGUAUAAAAAUAGCUUAAAAUACCUAAAUUUAAGAAUUGCAAGUAACGUAUUCCAAAAGUAAAAAUAAAAUAAUGUGGGCGCAUAUCCUACACACCUUUAAAACAAAUUUCAGUUCAUUUGGGUUUGAUAUAAGGGCACAGGAUCCAAAAAUAUAUAUUUUUAGUCAUAAAUGGCCUCAAAUCCCAAAAUAACUCAUUUUUGAAGUGAUGUAUGCAAAACUUGUUGGUUGUGUCCUGUGGACAUAUGUCCAAUGCACCUCUGUAUCACAUUUCAGGUCAUUAGGUUGCAAUACCAGGGUACAGGGGCCCAAAAUAUAUAUUUUUCGUCCAAAAUGGCUAAAAACCCUAAAUGAAACAAAUUUUAAGGUCUUUAUCAAAAAAAUUAGAAAAAAAUGCUGGGUGUAUUUGCUAUCUCUACCUCCAUGCCAAAUUUCAACUCAUUUGGCCCAAAGAUGAAAAAGUUGAAUCCAUUUAAAGAUUUGGCAAGUGAAACACGGCAAAAAAACAAUAUACAUGUAUUUCAAUCCAUACUGUAGUAUGGAUUGAAAUAUAAGAUAGUUCUACUUAUUUCUUACCUAACUAAAAUGUUUUCUUAAAGCCCUUACAUUAGUUAUGAAUCGUUCAGUGUCAUUGGUCAUGCCUUGAUAAUGGCCAAACUUCAAAAGCAUCAAACAAUGGCUUGUUUAGCAACUUUCCUGUGAGAAAAUGUUAUUUUUCACCGUUGCCAUGGCAACCAUUGUAGAAAUUUGUCUAAGUUUAUUUCAAAAUGGUUCCAAAUAUAUUCAACAGGUAUUUGUAUGAUCUAAGUGCAGAGAAAUACUCAUCAAAUGUGGUUGGGGAUUAUCAAAACCACAAUUACUGACCUGUAAUAAACGAUUUUUGGUAGUUCUAUAGAUUUGAGUGACGUCACAAAAUCACGUGAUAAUUCCUAUAAAGCUGGGCAUCUGACACGGUUAUCAUGCAAAAUAAUAAAGUAGAGGAAUCAACCUUUUCAAAAAACUAAGUCACCCUUUGU